CCAGGUGCGCCGGUCCUGCCCGGGCGGAACCGGACCUUCUAUACCUGCGGUAGGAGUGGUGGACGCGGAGUGGACGCAGACGGAGCUCCGGCCCCGCCGAGCGAUGAACGGGACGCGGGACUGGGGCGCCCCGGCUGACGUGCCCCCGGACGGGCAGAUCACGGCGGGCAGGAAGACCUACGCCAUGGUAUCCAGCCUUUCAGCCGGCCAUUCUCUGGCCUCAGAACUGGUGGAGUCCAACGACGGGCAUGAGGAGAUCAUCAAGGUGUACCUGAAGGGCCGGGCCGGGGACAAGCGGGUCCACGAGAAGAACAUCGACCAGCUGAAGAGCGAGGUCCAGUACAUCCAGGAGGCCCGGAGCUGCCUGCAGAAGCUGCGAGAGGACAUCAGCAGCAAGCUCGAGCAAGGCCCGAGGGAGCCCAGUUGGCAGGACGUCCAGGUGGUGCUAGAAAAACCCAAUGGCUUUAGUCGAAGCCCCCCGCGCCUGUACAGCCCUCCUGAGCCGCAGGUUGAUGCCUCUGUACAUGAAGACGUUCAGAGCCUGAGGAAGAACGUGCAAGACUUGCUCGCCAAGUUGCAGGAGGCCGAGCGAAAGCACCAGUCAGACCGUGUGGCUUUUGAGGUCACCCUGAGCCGCUACCAGAGAGAGGUGGAGCAGAGCCAUGUGGCCCUUCGGAGCACUGAGGCCCGAGCGGAGCAGAAGGAGGAGGCUGCCGGGCAGCUGCAGGAGCGCCUGCUGGCCAUGGAGACGGAGCACCAGGCCUUGCUGGCGAAGCUGCAGGAGCAGGAGGUGUCCCUGGAGGAGCUGCGGAGCAGGGAUGCCAGCUGCCAGGCAGAGCAGGAAAAGGCUGCUGGACUCGAGAAGGAGGUGGCCGGGCUUCGGGAGAAGAUCCACCACCUGGACGACAUGCUCAAGAGUCAGCAGCGCAAAGUCCGACAGAUGAUAGAGCAGCUCCAGAACUCCAAGGCUGUGAUCCAGUCCAGGGACAGCACCAUCCAGGAGCUCCGCGAGAAGAUCGCGUAUCUGGAGGCCGAGAACCUGGAGAUGCACGACUGCAUGGAGCACCUGCGCGAGAGGCAGACCAGCCCCGGUGGCUUCAGCACGCAGACGCGGGCCAAGACAGAGAGCCUGGGCAGCGUGAGAAUCUCGAAGCCCCCUGGCCCGAAGCCGCUGCCGCUGAUCCGGGUGGUGGAAACGUGAGCGGAGGCCGCUGCGCCGACUCUCCAGUCUCGGCGUGGACAAGCCUGUGGCUCGUCGCCUGGACCUCCUCGUCCCUGGCUCCCUCAGCCGCACUCACGGAGCAAGCGUGACGCGUUGGCCAGACUCCUGUCCAAUAGCCGGCCAGCGAGGACAUGCCCCCUGGGCGCCUUGGGCCUGAGCUGUGUCUGGGGCUGGGCGGGGCCCUUCCUCCUCUGCGCCCCCUUUUCUCUAGCAGAGCUGCCCUGCCCAGCCCCCUGGGCCAGGCCUCCGCCCGGAAGUGGAACUGCUGGUGGCUAGAUGUCCAGGGUGAUGGGAGAGUCCCAGGGAAUGAAGCUCCUGCCACAGUGCUCACUUCUGAGCAGUGGUCUGUUCCACUCAUUGUGCCACCCUCAAGCUGCUGCUGACCUGGGCCUCUGCAUGUGGACAAUGGACAUCUGCCGGGACCUGCCCGGGGCUGUGGACCUUGUGACUGUGGGUGGCCGUGGCUUUGGGGAAGAGGCCGAUGUAUUUUCAUGGGGUCGCUUCUAGCCAGAGCUUCUUUGGGCCGUGGGCAGGGCCGUGGGCUGUGGCUGCUGCCAGGCCCCGGGGUCCCAGGCUCACCUUCCACACCGCCAGGCACCUGUUGGUCUGUCUGGCCCCGGGUCACCUGUAUCUCCCCGAGGCGCUCCGUGUAUUUAUUUUGCUAAGUUAUUUUCACUUUUGCUGACAUCUCACGUUUAACUUCAACCCAAGACUUCUCUGGCCUUCCCACACUGGGUCUGGGUUUGCAGACUUGGGCACGAUGGUGAGCGAGCACAGUAUGCUUUGUGGUUUAUUUUUGUGGUUUUUUUUUUUUUUUUUUUUAGGGGGACACACCCAGCAGUGCUCAGGGCUUACCUCUGGCUCUGCACUCAGGGAUCACUCCUGGUGGUGCUUGGGAACUGUACGGGAUGCGGGAUUGAACGUGGGUCGGCUGCGUGCAGGGCAGACGCCCUUCUGCCAGAUGACUGCCAGGCCUAGCAAAGCGGGCUCUGAACUCCUCUCCCCUACCAGCCCUCUGCCUUCCUCUUGGAAUCAGGUGUGUCCCUCAGGAAGACAGGCAUCUCAGGAUGUGUCUGGGGGAGCAGGGAAUACAGGACCCCCAGGCGAGGUGUUGAACCCCUCUCCUCCCCCUUGCUGCUUCCGAAUUUUCCUCUUCCCCCGCCUCUGAGUGACUCUUCACCAGCGUGUUCCCUUCAGGCCUCCUUAUUAGGAGAUGUAGGGACUGUUAAGUCUGAGAAAAGUUCAAGCAAAACAAAUGUGGAUUAAGCCUCUGGGCCAUACUCGCUGCAGACCAAAAGCCUUAAGCCUGCACAUUUGUGGGGUUCCAUGCAGCCCAUGUGUUUGUGGGGUUCCAUGCAGCCCAUGUGUUUGUGGGGUUCUGUGCAGCCUACGUGUUUGUGGGGUUCCAUGCAGCUUACGUCCCAGCCCUGUUUCUGCUGGUUUCUGGUGUUCACCUUCUUUCCUCUGUGUCGUCUCCAUGGGCCUUUCAGUUCUGAUUUUUCCCCUGUAACAUAGUUUUUGUGUGGUAAAUUUAAUAAAUUAUGUUAGUGUUUCUCUUUGAA